AUGUACAGCGUGCCGGAGAGCUUUUUGGAGAUUGAAGUGAGGAACCCGCAGACACACGGCUUCGGCCGGAAGAUGUUUACUGACUAUGAGAUAGUGACCAAGACCAACAUCCCUGCUUUCAAGCUACGCCACUCCGUCGUCCGCCGGCGCUACUCCGACUUUGAAGCCUUCCGGGACAUCCUCGAGCGCGAGUCCACGCGCGUCAACAUCCCCCCGCUGCCCGGCAAGGUCUUCACCAACCGGUUCUCGGACGAAGUCAUCGAGGCGAGGCGGGAGGGUUUGGAGCGGUUCUUGACUGUCGUUGCUGGACAUCCGCUGCUGCAGACUGGAAGCAAGGUAUUGUGCGCGUUCCUGCAGGACCCUGCAUGGGACAAGUCCCAAUGGCUGUAG